GCUGCCGCGACCGCGUUGCGUUCCUCUCUCUGGGCCGCUGUCGUCCACGCGCGGGCCAACGCCGGUGUCGUCGACUCGGCGCGUGCGUGUUUGCCUGCUGUGCGGCGCGUUGGAGGAAGCCCGCUGGCGCCGGCAUUCUCUCUGUGUGUGCGUCGCACUGUGUCUUCUUCCUCCCGGCCCGCGCCGUCGUGGGUGCUUGUGUGGCUGCGGAACGAGAACGUGUCCUUGGUGCUGUCUUUCCCCCCCGUCACCUCUGGCCCGGGUGACGGAGCGCACGGUUGCGUGAGCCUCCUCGGCGCGCGCCACGCGUUCGCGCAACUUAGAGCGGCGCGCGCGCGCACGUGAAGUGUUGUCCGUGACAAACUCGAACGUCUGCGGCGGGAACGGCGGAAGCAGCCGAGUGACGGAUGACACGAGCCUUCUGAGCAAAGACAGUGUGCUGCCACCAGCGACUGCGGCGCGCCCCGUGUGUGUGACGCCAGGAUCAGCCGUGGGUGCCGACGCGCGUGGCUCGUCGUUCUGUGUGAUGUGCUUCGCCGCGGUGGCGGAGUCCCAGCCGGAGGAAUGCUGAAGGCCGCCGGCGCGGAUAAGGGCCGCCGCUCUCUGCCGAGGCGCCAGCCGCCCAAGAGGGUCGCCUUCGCGGACGACGUUCUCGUCGACGGGGCCUCGGCCGCCUCCUCGGAUGCAGGCUACGGAACCAGCAGCGCUGACACCGUCGUCCCAUCGCUCAGGCCGGAUGCAGCGUCGGCGGCGGCCGCAAAGCCGCGGAGUCUGCAUUUUGAAGGUGACAUGGACGGCCCAGAGGAAGCCAGUGAGGCCGCCUGCGGCUCGGCCGCUAGGAGCCUGUCAUCGGGCGUUCCAGGCCCCAUUUUCUUCCUGAUAAAAGAGCAGGCCAAGUCACUGCUCGCAAUUAAGGAGCUUCAAGACAGAGUUCAAGCGCUAGAAGGUUUCCGGAAUGACAUCUUCUUCGCAAUUCAGGAUAUCCAGCAGACUAUGCAGAGCAGUCCGGAACGGCCGCCCCAAGUUGCCCUGACGUCUAGCAAGGAACCCGCCAAAGCUGCGUCGGUGCAUCGCAUCGACUCUCGUGUGCCCUUGGGUGCGUCCGAGUCAAAGUCGUGGACUCUGAAUCCCAAGCCACGGCGGCACAAAGACGGGUCGUUGAUGACAGCGGUGUGUGGCCGCGCGAGAGCCAAAAGUGCGCCUGUUGGCAACGAACUCAGUCAGGGCGUCGUAGCCAAGCCUACCACGGUUGCUAGUCUUUCGUCCAAGGGAGACACAGCGUCCGCCAUUUUGGAGAGUGACAAGCAGGACAGCGGACUUGACUCCGACUGCCGGGACCACGGUUCACGCGAGUCCACGCUCGCGCCCAAGGACGAGUUGCUGACGUUGCUGGACAUCAUCGACGAGCGGAGCGGGCUGCUCAAGGAGCGCCUGCGCGAGAUGGAGAAGUCGAAGGGUUUGGACUCGCUGUUACGAGGCGGUGCCUGUAGCCGCAGCGAUGUUCUCGAGUUCCACGAGAAGGAGCUCCAGGCGCGGCUUAGUGAGAUGGAGGUCGAGCGAACCAAGCACCGGCUGCAUGUGCGCCAGCUGCAGGCGACCAUCCAUCGCAUGGAAGGCGAGCGGAUCGCCUGCGAAGAGAAGCUGCAGGCCUCGCUCUCCGAGAGGAAGGAGCUCGAGAAGAAAGUGCACAGCCUGCACAUGCAGUACGUGCGUGCAGGCCCCAGCUCACUGCCUCUUGCCAAGUCUGACGCUGACCCGUGGCCCGCGGCUAGCCUGCAGGGAGCGCAGAAGCUCGUUGGCGAUGUCGCCAAGGGCAUCACGACCGAAGAAGGCAAAGCCAAGGUCUCCAACAUACUUAAGGAGUCCAAUCUUCUCGAGCUCAAAAAGCUGCUGUUGCUUUACACCCUGGAAAAUCAGGCGCUUAAAGAAAAGGCGGACGAGAGUGACCAACACUGGUUCAAUAAACUGUCGGAGUGGAAGGCCACGGAGGCCUCUUUGCGAUCGGACAUCCAGGCGUUGAUUCAGGAGAAAGAGGAAUGUCUAGACCGCUUCAGGAGGCAUCGAAGAGACAUGGAACUUAUGCAGGCAAAGUACAAGGAACUUGAAAUGACUGUGUGGGCGCUGGACAAUGCGGAACACCAGAGGGGCUACCGACGAGACGAAGGUGUACUGCCUGUCGGUGCUCCCUUUCUGCGCCCCGCCGCCCAGAGGUUGCCGCGUCCCUGCCAGAGCAACUUUUCAUAUGGAGACUCCGGCUGCAAAACGCAGAGCCUGCCUCCUCUGCUACUGAAUCAAGCAAGAAACAGUCCAUUGCUGUCACGCAGAGGAGCCUACGCUACGGAAUUCAGACGCAACUCGCUUGCAGAGAACUCAUUGGAGGAGGUUGGCUUCAGCAAUGAAGGUAUGGCGUACGAGCUGGUUGAUCCCAGGCACCGCAAGCCUACAGUGUUUGCUGAGACGCCUCAGAAGGCGUUUGCUCCUUACUGGCACGACCGUCGUGUAGGAGCCGCUGUGAUGCCCAGCGACGCCGUACGCCUGAUGAAUCUCGAGGACGACCACGAAGAAGAGCUCAAGUCGGGCCCACAGUCCAACAUUGACAUGAUCUGCAACGAGUUCGAUCCGCUCUCCGAAAACGGGAGGCAGUGCGCGAAUAAGCCACUGGAUUUCGAGGACUCUCUGGAUCUCUCCAUUCCUUUGAAGCCGAGCCGAGGUUCCGCCUCGAACGCACCCAGGUCUAGCCGUAGCACCCGUCACGUGAACUAUCUUCCCCCUGCAAGCAGCAGCUCGAAAGUGACACUGGAUCAGAAGCACCGAACUUUCGGAAAGACUCAAAAUUAGGCCAGUAGGCGCCCCUGAGUGUAGGCAUUCAGUGCCGACAUUGCAAUAUCAGAUGUGAUGUUUAUUCCCUUCCGAGAAUUGAUUGCACUUGUCGUGGGGAUGUCGCAAGCCGCUCGCUUGAUUGCGGGUGUGGUUACGAUAUGCCUUAACAAGUACCGUGCGUGAAGCAUUUUCUCUGUAUAUAUGUAUGAUAGUGUGUGAAGCGUCUAGUUAAGAAAUUUUAAUUUGCCAUGUGUCCCCUGUUCCAGCUACGUUUUCGUGUAUGCAGAAGGAGAUUCAGCUAUGCCUUCUAGAAAAACGCUGGAAUUGAAGCUGCUAAAAAGCAGUGUGUCGUCAGCUACACUUUUUGAAGAAUCAACCAGUGGAGCAAAGAGAUGUCCCUUUUUCCUAGUUCUAGAGUGCUGAUGGAAGGUUACAUUUUUGCAUUAAGGUCGUGAUUUCCGUGCUUCACCUGAACGCAAGGCAUGCCAUCGUUCUGAUGUUUUCAAGAGCCCGAAAGGGAUACCACGUCCACCAUUUCGGAGAUUCACAAGUAGCAGGCGUUCAACUUUUUACCACAUGUCUCGUGGGCAAAGACAAAAAAAAGAAAAACAUGUCCGCUGGACACCCUACAUAGUUAUUUGCGUUUAGUCACUGCUUAAUUCAUUUCAUCCGUAAGAUUGGCAUUCCGGCAUCGAACCUACCGAAACGAUGUUGUGAAGUGUCAUCUUAGUACAUGAAUCUUCAGUAGUCUGCUUUUGCCUAAGCAACCUCUUUGGAAGCAUAUUGCAUAGCAAAAUGUGGUCAUUCGGUUGCAUUACUGUCCGUAAGCCAUGGUACCUUGAUGUGUGGCCCACGCUCAAGUGAACCCGCUUUGGCGUUUUCUUGUAGCAUAUUCGCUAAACUUCUCGACCCGUAUUGGCAAAAUAGUUACGCUGGAACUGUUCGUAAGACGGGCGCCAGCCUAUCGUAAUAUUAGCGAACAUAUUAGCGAAGACAGCCGGUCAGUGGCACAUAGCUCUUAAAAACGAAAAUGUUUGUGAAUGACCCUUCGCACACAGUCGGGGGACAUUGACCUGCUAGUCGGGGGCACAGCUAACUCCUUUGGACCCAACCUGAAGUAGCCUUCAGGUAGGGUCCUCAGCCCUUAGUGAGAAGUGGGGAAAUUAAAAAAAAAAAAAAAAAAAAAAAAAAAAAAAAAAAAAAACGUGGCAGAGCUGGCGUCUGCGCUGUGAGAAACGAAAAUUCGGUAGAAUAAGUGUGCAUUUGAGUUCACCCGCGGAACCAAAUCGCGCAGCUGUUCAGGAUUACUGCAGUGGCUUCGGGAAGGAUUGAAUGCCAGCGCGUUCAUGGAGCUGCCCACUGUGGCUGUUGGUGUUGUGUUUGUUACUUGUGUGCGAGGUGGUUUGCAAAAAUUCUUCCCUCCCGUGGUAUUGCGGGUAAUUUGAUUUCCACAUUGAAGCAGUGCUGCUCUUCCUUUUCUUUUCUUGUGGAAGAGGGAACCAAUUCAGUCUGCCGUACACAACAUAGUUGUCUCCGUGCUUGUUUCCAUUACAUGCAUAAAAACUCAUGAGGAGCUCACAGUUCGUAAAAAGAUAGCAAAAAUCGUGAUAGUUUCCCGCUUGAGGAAGUGUGUACGUUCUCGUUCAAAUGGGAAAAAGCAGUCUUGUCUCGUGUCGGUAAUGGCUUAUGGACAUGGCGCCUUGGAGGCGGGCGCAGUGUUGAUCAUCAGCAGCACGUGUGGUUGCCCACUGAAGGACCAACUUGGGGCUCUUUGUAUUACUCGCUGUACGAUCUGCAAACCAUCCACUUCGGAAAUGCGUACAACACUUCGCCUUACUUGCUCUGCCACUCUAAAGGUACAAGUUCUGCCCAGGUUGGCACUUGGGUGCAAUUUCUUAGGGACCAGAAUUUUUUUUCCCCAAGUUUAAUGAAUUGCUCCCCGGCUGCAACGAUUUUUCAGUGCAGCUAUAAUGUUCACGGGACGUAAAUUCUACAACAGUUGCACCUCGUUAAGCACGCCUUUCUUGCGCACGAAAUAGGCCUUGCAUUGUUAUGCUUCGAUUUGUAGCAUGCAUUUUACCAUAGAACGCUGUCUUGACGGUGGCAGCUGUUGUGCAAGAUGCUUUACAGAAUGAGCAUAUCAACCUAAUUAUAUUCGUGCCUUCUUUCGAGGCCUUGCAUGCGCAGCUUUGAAUCACGGUGCGUCUCCUCAUUUUUAGUCACUGUUUUACGCGUUGUUCAAAGUGCAAUUUUACUGUCAAAAUUACUCCUGCCAUGCAUUAGCGGCGGACUGCGUGCCUUGUUGAGGCGUGUUCGCGUUCUGUACGACGCAGCUGUUUCUUCGAGCGCAGUGUGCGGCGCUCUCACAAUGGCAGCUGCAGGGAAUCAGUUGCGUGCGCACCGUCGCCCACCCAUGUGGAGCGGCCAAGACGGGAUACACUUUUUACUUUGGCGAGUGCCCGCCGGCGCUUCCUCAUGCUUUGUGUGUUAAAUGAGGGGAUACUUAGUAGAAAUAAAGUUAUUAGCUUUUUUUUU